CAAUUUUCAGAUGCUGUGCCAGGUGUGCGGGGCAGAAGGACCGGAGCCCCAUUUCGGAGGAAUUUCAUGUAGAGCAUGCGCAGCAUUUUUCAGACGAUAUGUACACUCAAGGAAGUUGGACAUUUCAUGUACGUGUAAGCACCGGUUGGCAACUUCACAUCCCUGCAGACACUGUCGGAUGCUGAAAUGUAUGGCAACGGGAAUGGUAAAGUGUAAAGUGCAAGGAUCCAGAGAGAAAAAUAAAAUUACCACAUCUAGUCUACCUGGACAUAUCUCUUCAAUAUCUUUGUUAUCAGCUCGCAUAGUACCUCGUGAUUGCUCAAAUAUCUCGUGUACAGUGAGUAAAUGGACAAAAGUUGAAAAGAUGCGAAAAGACUUAUACGGAGAGAAAAUUUGCGAAAUAAACUUUACACAAUUUUCAAGCUUCGUCAAGCGAGACACGCAUCUUUUAUGGGAUCUUGGAGAGAAAAUAUUUACAGAUGUAAAACUUUUGAGUGAGGCUGAUAAGCAUUCAAUUCUUUGCAAUUUUUUUCCUCGAUGGAUGAUGUUGGAUUCAGCUGUAGCGAUUUGUCCAGAUUACGAAGAAUCAAAGGCUUAUAUCAAAUCUAAAGAUUAUACGGAUAUGUUACUUCAUUUUUACGGAUCAUCGAUGCCGAAAGAAAAACGAUUAAAGGAUCACGAAAUUUUAAAAAUAUUCAAACCAUACUGGGAUUUCCAUUAUUACGAGACCGCUGUUCCGAUUCAUUUCAAAAAACUCGACAAAAUUGAGUACAUGGCUAUUUUUCUGUUGCUACUUUUUGAUGAUGCAUACACAAAUAUCAGUGAGGAAGGCGUAAAGUUGUGUCAAAAUGUGCGAAAAGUGGUUCAACGAGAACUAAAAGGAUACCAAACUGACAGCAAUUGCGACGAAAUGCGUUUUGUGGAAACAAUGGAUACUUUGUUGUUGCUAGAAAAAGCCGAGGAAAAAAUACAAGAAGAAGUGCUUAUCUGCGGGUUUAAUAAUGUUACACUACACGAAGAUUUCAGGACAAUUUUCCAAGUGAAAAAGCUAUAAUUUACAUGUACAAAAAAUAUUAUUACUUAUGAUCUCAAAUUUAUCUUGCUCAUAAUUGCAUUUUCACUGGUUUUAUUGUUAUUUAUUUAAUAAACGGGGGUUUUUUUGUGA